CACUGUCAGGAGCUGAUCCGUAGUGAGAGAGAGAGAGAGAGAGGGGAGGGGCGCGGGCAGUGCUGUCUGUCUGUCUGUCAUCGGUUCCACAAUGGCUGCAGUUCUUAGGGUGGCUCUCAGGCGCAAGAUCACUCCUCCGUUGGGACGUAUGUGCUACUCCUCUCCACCAACAACAAAAUUAUUUAUUGAUGGGAAAUUUAUUGAAUCUCGCACCUCCGAAUGGAUUGACAUUCAUAACCCUGCAACAAAUGAGGUGAUUAGCAAAGUCCCAAAGGCCACCCAAGAAGAGAUGCUUGCUGCCUUGAAUUCCUGUCAGCGUGCUUACCCGUCUUGGUCAGAGACCUCGGUGUUGAGUCGGCAACAAGUUUUUCUAAGGUAUCAGCAACUCAUCAAAGAAAACAUGGCUGAAAUUGCCAAGCUCAUCACAAAAGAGCAAGGUAAAACUUUGCCAGAUGCUGAAGGAGAUGUUUUCAGAGGCUUACAGGUUGUUGAACAUACUUGCAGUAUCACAUCUUUAAUGCUGGGUGAGACCUUGCCCUCCAUUACCAAAGACAUGGACACAUUCACCUACAGACUGCCUUUAGGAGUGUGUGCUGGCAUCACUCCCUUUAACUUCCCAGCCAUGAUUCCACUCUGGAUGUACCCUAUGGCUAUGGUGUGUGGCAAUACCUUCCUGCUCAAACCUUCGGAGCGUGUUCCAGGAGCAGCCAUGUUGCUUGCCAAGUUAUUACAAGAUGCAGGAGCUCCAGAUGGAACCCUUAAUAUUAUUCAUGGGCAGCAUGAUGCUGUGAACUUCAUUUGUGACCAUCCUGCGAUAAAGGCCAUAAGUUUUGUCGGUUCCAAUCAAGCAGGAGAAUACAUCUAUACAAGAGGUUCUAAAAAUGGCAAGAGAGUGCAGUCAAACAUGGGUGCGAAGAACCAUGGAGUCGUGAUGCCUGAUGCUAAUAAGGAGAAUACUUUGAAUCAGCUUGUUGGUGCAGCUUUUGGUGCUGCUGGACAGCGUUGUAUGGCCCUAUCUACUGCUGUCCUGGUCGGGAAAGCAAGAAAUUGGCUACCCGAACUAGUGGAAAGGGCAAAGAAGCUGAAAGUCAAUGCAGGUGACCAGCCAGGCUCUGACCUUGGCCCACUCGUCUCCCCUCAGGCUAAGGCUCGUGUGUGUGAUCUAGUCCAAAGUGGAGUGGAAGAGGGUGCCAAGCUGCUGCUGGAUGGCCGGAAGAUCCAAGUGAAAGGAUAUGAAAAUGGCAACUUUGUGGGGCCCACCAUCCUUGGAGGAGUAAAGCCUCAAAUGAAGUGCUACACCGAAGAGAUCUUCGGACCCGUCCUAGUAGUACUGGAAGCAGAAACACUAGAUGAAGCUGUCGAUAUUAUCAACCAAAACCCUUAUGGAAACGGCACUGCCAUCUUUACCACUAAUGGUGCCACAGCUCGUAAAUUCACACACCAUGUUGAUGUGGGACAGAUUGGCGUGAACGUGCCUAUCCCAGUUCCUUUGCCCAUGUUCUCAUUCACUGGAUCAAGAGGUUCAUUCAGGGGUGAUACCAACUUCUAUGGCAAGCAGGGUAUUCAGUUCUACACUCAAGUAAAGACAGUCACAUCCCAGUGGAAGGAGGAAGAUGCAACGUUAACCAGCCCAUCUGUUGUCAUGCCAACAAUGGGCCGCUAAGUUCACUUCACUGAGAUGGCAAGCCGCACGUUCAACAUGCACGUCACUACUCCCCUAUUGAAUCUGACUUAGCAAAUUUGGCACGAAUGGGUGCGCGGGUGCAACAUAUUUCAAUAUAGUCCUUUCAGCUGACAUCGGCAUGGCGAAAGAAAAUGAAAGGAAAUUAUUUUCGACUGAUUUGUUUUUAGCAAUUUUGAACAUAAACUCAAGUUGCUAAAUGUUAUCCCUUAAAUCAGAUUUUAAGCUGCAGAAGUUGUCAAAUUCUGAUCAUGUAGCACACAUUAAGACAUAAACAUAAUUUUUUUUGUUUGAAAAUCUGCUUUUCUCUCAAUUUGAACAAGUUGCCCAGUUUGUUUUUCAAAAUAUGAUUCACACAAAAUAACAUGACUGAUCUUGUGAAUAAUGUAAGUUAAAGCUAUGCAAGUAUGCAGCCUUAAACCAUUAUGAUAUUCUUUUUAGUGUAAAAAAAAUCAAAACUGACUUUCUGUACUGUUUUUAUUUUAAUUGGAGAUAUUGAAUGCACAGGCAUUAGGCUGAUGAGAAGCAAAUGUAACUGGGCACUUCUUGCGUAAAGUACAGUUUUCUGAAAAACAUCAUUUGGUUUAGAAGUUUAUAGACUUUUGUCCCAAAACAAUUCAGAAAGAAAAUGAUUAUAAUUUAGGUGCCUUGGACAGAUAUAUUUUGACAAAACAAGUUGGAUAUAAGCUAACAGCAGAGAUACACAUUUUUACUGAUCCAGUGAAUUACUGAGUCUCUCAGACCAGGAAGAUCCCAAAUUAAAAAUAUGAAUAUCUCUACAAGUGCCCUGUUACCAUGUGCCUUGUAGAUUCUAACGUUUCCUCUCUUUAGACCAGGUAUAUAUUCUCUCUUCCUUUUUUCUAAGUGAGUUUAUGUUCUCUACCUUCCAACCUGCAUAGAUUGUUCAAAGAUUUAUCUAAUUCUGUAAGAUCAAAGCCAAUGCUUCCCAUUCACAGCAAUCGAUGUCAAGUUGUACUGAAGAAAAAUUGUGAAUUUGUAUUGGAAAUAAGAUAUUCAAAUAAAUCUUGGUUGGAGUGUGAAGAGUAUAACCUCAAUGCCCUGUGUUGAGGUUUCCCCUUUCAAAUUGGAAGGAGGUAGUGCAGAAACACUUAAUCAUACAUGAAGUUCUUAUGCUCCUGUUUGUUUGAGUUCAUUGUAACUGAUUUUGUAGAAAGCGUUAACAAAUUAAACUGUUUAUAAAAUGC